UGGUCUAUAGAAGCUUCCGAGAUGUCCCAGCAACACACAUCACCAGUGACUGCCCCAGCUGUGGCUCAGGAAUCCCUCAAGACUGUGUGCCCUCCAGCUCAUACCCAGCAGGAACAAACAAAGCAGCCAACUUCACAGCCUGCACAGUGCCAGAAGGUAUUCUCUGAGCCCCAAGAGAAGGGCUCCACGCAACAGGAGGAGAAGGGCACAAGUCCUGUGACGGGGCUGCCUGAGCAAGAAUGUGAGCCGCAGCAGCAGCAGCAUCAGGAACCACAAGGGCAACAGCUGUCUGCGAAAAAGCCACAGCAGGAGAUACAGGGGCAGGAACUGCAUCUGGAGAAGCAGCUGCCAUCACAGGACCCACAGGAGCUGCAGCUGGGGCAGCACCAGCAAGAGCGAGAACUGCAUCAGCAUCAAGAGCUACAGGAACAGGAGCGGUGCCUGGGACAACAGCCACAGCCGCAGCAGCAGCAAGACACCCUGAAACCACAGGAACUGAGUCUGAGACAGCACCAGAAGGAGAAGAAGCAGGAUCCAGAGCUGUACCUGGGUCAGCAGCAGAAAGCUUCUGAGGAGCAGGAACUGAUCCCAGGAGAGAAGCAGCAGGAGCCACAAGAGCAGGAGCUGCGACUGGGGCACCCACAACAGCAACAGCACUCACAGGAGCUGCAUCUGAGACAGCAUCAGAAGCAGAAGCUCUGUGAACCAGAACUGCACCUGGGAAAGCAGCAAGAUCGGGAGUCACAGGACCCAGACGCGCACCUGGGAGAGAAGCAGCGUCAGGAGUCACAGCAGCCUGAGCUGCACCUGGGAAAACAACGGCAUCAGGAGUCACCGGAGCCUGAACUGCACCAGAAACAGAAGGAGAAGCGGCAGGAGCCUGAUCUGCACCUUGGAAAGCAACCGCAGCAAAAUACAGAGCACGAAGAUUCUCAAGGAACACAAAGCUUAGGUCAGUCCCUUAAGCAAGAGAAAGCCCCAGGGGAACAGCAGCUGGAUGACUCACACUUAGAACAGGAGAAGGAACUCUUGGACCAGCGACGGGAUCAAGACCUAGGAAAGAAAGAUGAGCGACAGGAACGGAAGAAUGAACAGACACCGGAGCACCUGACACAGCAGGAGAAGCAGAUAGAGCAAGUCAGACCGAGCACUGGCCAAGUCCAAGAGACUCAGCCAAUCCAAGCAGUGAAAGGAGACAGCUUGCUCACUACAGAGGAGCAGAGGCAGAACCAGGAAGUGCAGGGAUGCCAAAACUAAAGCAACCUCCCCAGUGUCCCAGAGACUCUCCAACCAUCCCACAUAGGGGAAGAGAGCCGUGCACCACACUUCCUCGGGUCCCUGGCUGAUCCACUCAUCUAUGAAUCUGGCCGACCCUGACCUUUUUCAUGCCUAUGGCAGACUGGAAAACAGGACGUAUAUGGCCCAGCAUCCACUGACAAAGAGUUCAGUCUUUACCUUAAAUAUCAGAGCCCCUUCCAGGGCAUGGGGGUGGGGCGGGGCGACUGUCAUUAGUGUAGCAGCUUUGCCUUCACUCCUAGUAUUGUGACCAAA